AUGGAGGCUAGCAGUGCCAACCCCCUCAUUUCGAGCCAGAGGAGCUCGCAGCUCCAUGCUGUCCUCCAUCCGCUGGUGCUGCUUACAAUCUCCGACUAUAUUACGCGCCAUACUCUACGCCAACAGUCUGUACCAAUCAUUGGCGCCCUUCUUGGCCAACAGAAUGGUCGCGACAUCACCAUCGAACAUGCCUUUGACUGCCACCUGGUGGAAGCGCCAAACGAGGAGGGCGGCUACCUACUCGAUGGUGCCAAGUUCACUGGUAGACUAGAGCAAAUGACUACCGUUCACAAGGAUCGACAGCUCGACUUUGUCGGGUGGUACACGCUGCUGCCAGCAGAGGGGCCAACACCGACCAUCCUACCUAUUCACAACCAGAUUUUGCAAGGCUGGAACGAGUCUGCGGUUCUUCUGGGCUUCCACCCCCGGGAAGUUCUUAAUCACUCUUUUGGCGGCAAGCUGCCACUUACCAUAUACGAAAGCAACUACGAAGCGGACGAAUCAAAGUCCGACCACGAUGGUGAAGACAAGAAAAUGGAUGACGGAGAACCGCCUCUGAGACUCAGAUUCCGAGAAGUCCCGUACUCUGUUGAGACGGAUGAGACAGAGAUGAUAAGCAUGAACUAUAUCGCCAGUGGUGGGGGUAAUGCCGCCGCUGUUGCCUCCAAGGACGCGCAGCCAUCGCGAUCUGUAGAGUCAAACGGCAAGGGCAAGCGUCGUCUUGUCGAAAGUGAGCCAGAGGGCUCUGUCGAUAUUCCUCAGGACGAGGAAUCCGGUGUUACACUCACACGCGAAGAAGAGGAAACGCUCGCUGCCCUUACUGCCAAAGCCAACGCUGUCAAGAUGCUUCAAUCCAGGAUCCAGCUUCUUACCGCGUAUCUCGACAGUCUCCCAACCCCCUCGUCCAUUAAAGAGGCGGCAGAUGGAAGUUCCAUGGAUACCGACGCGUCUACAGUGACGCCUUCGUUGACAGUCUUGCGGGAGAUCAAGGCACUCACCGGCCGUCUCGGACUGGUGAUUCCCUCGGAUGACGAGUCUUUCAACAACGAAAUGGUCUCGGAGAAGAAUGAUGUUGAUACCAUCAACCUUUUAAGUACCCUCAUGCAGAGUAUCGUCCAGGUGCGCGAAGUGGGCAAGAAAUUCGCCAUCGUGGAUGGGUACAGGAACACACAACAGAGACGAGCGGAGUAUCCUGGUACGCCGACAUUUUCGCAUUCCAACACUAAUGACCUGCUCUUGUAA